AGAGGAGCCCGGGCUGGAGAGUUGUAGAAACUGACAACACACUACCAUUGCCUUUGUAUUGUCGCGUGUGCUCCUCAGUCCAUUAACUCCGUGUAGUUUCUGUGUGCUGUUUAAUGAACUGUUCGAGUUUUUGUGUUGCGUUGUGAUAAUAUAACACUCUGUAAAGUUGUGUUUUAGCAGUUGUUGUGGCUCUUGUUUACAAUUGAACAGAUUGGAUUGAUUCCAGAAGAGUUCAUGAAGCUUAAGGGAAGAUUGAAGUAAGAAGAACGAUUGCCAGCUGCUGACGAGAAGCUGCUUUGUGUUGGUGAUGUUAGAAAAUGGAUGAUUUGAUAAUUGAAGAAGAAGAAGACCUGGACUUUGUGACGUAUUGCAGUAACGUCGAAUCUCAAGAUGAACUAUACAGAACGUUCAUAAAACUGUGUGCCUUUUCACCAGCUCCAUCAAGAAGGUCAGAACUAAUACUACCGCUUAGCAGAGAAGAAGAUCUCAUCUCUCUGCCAGAAGAAUCAGAACCACAGAUACUCCCUGGCAACAAAUCAGAACACCAGGAGGACCCACAGAGAGGAGAAGACUCACCAGACGUUGACCUGGUAACAGUGUUUCCAGCUAACAGAGAUCUUCCGUCUCUUCUCCAACCUCUACGGUUGUACCUAGGUCUUGUCUCCCUACUCCAACCUCCUUCACCAGUGACAGGACUCUCCAUAUCCCAUCAUCUCCCCUUACUUUAGAUCAGAUACACACUUCCCUCCUCUCCACUUCAGAUCCAGAGAGUCCUCCUCCUCCGCUUCCUCCUCCUCCUCCUCCUUCAGAACCAGAAAGUCCUCCUCCCCCACUUCCUCCACCCCCUAUAUAUCAGAAUAUCAUAAAUCUCAGAACACCACAAAUACCAGAGAGGAUCCCUCUACCUCCUCACAACCACUCAGAACCACCUCCUUCUAAACCACCUCGACCCAGUAACUGGGUCUCACUACAGAACCUGGCCAUACCAGAGUCAUCCCCUGCAGCACCUACUUCGGAUCCAAACACCAGCGGUACCCUCACAAGGAACCUCAACAAAAACAUGCCCGUGAAAACAUACGCCCUGAAGGACAAGUCCCUGGUAAAGUCCCCGUUAGGUGGUUCACAACAAACCCUUUUAGGCUCCCCACUUUUAGGCUCCCAACAAUCUCUCUGUCUCUCACCAGCCUUAUUCUUGAGAAGGACUAGUUGCCAGGCUGCCAUCACCAGUCCUGUGCCGAGACUCCGGGGGCUCAGAAGUGAGAUGGGUCCUGAUGCCAGUAAUUCCUACUCCAUGGUCAAUUUUUCGGAGCUGCCUUCUUGUGGCGACAGCACCCUCUCCUCCAAGGACCCUAAUGAGAAGAUAUGUGUACACAAUAUACACUCGGAGGCAGGGAUACUGGACCUGGAUGACGCUCUGUCGGACGUUGUGGCUGAUAAGGAUGUUUUAGUAGCAGAGUUUGAGGAAGAGACUCCCUACACCGCCGCCCCACCCCCCGAGAUACGCAACAUCUUCAACCAAGUAGCGGGUGAGAGCUCCGCAGCUGGGAGUGACAAGAGUGCAGAGCGCACCAAACCUCAGAAUAUUAACGGUAUUUUGGAUGGAUACAUGAGUGGAGACACCACCGCCCUACCUCCAGAUAUACGGAACAACAACAACAACAUCAACGACAGCAGCUACUUCUCCAUUUCCAACGACAAGGAGAGGAUGGCCUGGAUUGACAGAUGGGUCCAGGAUGGUGAUCCCAGUUCUCCUGGACCUCCCUCUCGCUCCUCCCCGACUCCAGGUCGAGAGCAAGACAGCAGUCGUCCAGUACAACCGAGCAGCAGUCACCGCUCACCUCAGGGCAGUCAUCAGUCCCCUCGUAGCAGUCAGCAGUCAUCUGAUCGGGCUGUGGAGAGGAAGAUAGACGGCUCUAUCCCUGAGCGUGGAAUAGAAGCUUCUAGAAACAGAAAGCCGGUAUCAGAGAGGGAGAUAGGAGGUGCGGAGAGAGGGAUUGAUAGUGUGCCCCAGGAAAGGGGUAUAGAUACUCCUCGGGGAGAGCGUGGUAUUGAUAGUAAUGUAAAGGUGGAGGAUGAAGGACCAGAGCGGGGUAUUGGAGUUCCUAGUACUCUGGGGGAGACUACAUCGUCCACUGGGGCAGGAGACACGCUCAAGGUGGAGAUUAAAAAGGAUAACCUACCGUUAGGAUGCAAUGUCCGGCAUAUUGAUGGCAGGUCGCCUGGUCUCUACAUAAUGUCAAUAGAAGAGGGAAGUGCAGCGGAGAAGGAUGGGAGACUCAAGCUGGGAGAUAAGAUUCUUGAAGUUAACGGGGUUGACUUGUCCGUUAUGCCGAUGGUCAGUGUUUUGGACGUGUACAACGAAAUGACGACAACAGCUCAAGUUAGAUUGGCUAUUCAGAGACAGCCCCCAGGCUCCGUCUCGCCUGCAGCCGCUGCAGUAGAAUCCUGUCCGGACAAUCUUGAGGACUCGUCGCAGACCACCAGGGACUCAUUCGAAAUAACCCUGUUCAAAGGUCAGAAAGGAUUGGGAUUUACUAUAGCAACCCGUGAAUACACCACUUGUCCGGGAUUCAGUCCACUGUUUGUCAAGACAGUACACAGACAUGGGGCAGCUGCGGUUGACGGCAGGAUGAAAUCUAACGAUGUCCUGCUCAAGGUGAACGGUAAAAGUGUGGUCGGAAUGCCCCAGCAAGCUGUGGUCGCCAUGAUCCGGGAACUGAAGGGAAAUAUACAACUAACCCUACAGCGCCACACCACCGACUUGCCGGCGUCAGACGUACAAACAUCUCCACCCCGAGAACCCAUCCCACCUCCCCAACCACCACCUCCAAAACCUCUCCAACCCACUUCUUCUCGAACUAGGCUUUCCCUGGAUAUACCACUAGUUGCUCCAGAUGGAAGACCUGUUGGACUGGGAAUCAGCGUCAAGGGAAAGAGUACGAGUAUUAAACCUAGGCGUGAUUAUGGGAUAUUCAUCAAGUCUAUCCUGAAAGGUGGAGCUGCUGACUUGGACGGUAGAGUGAAAGUAGACGAUCAGCUGAUAGCAGCUGAUGGACAAAUUUUCAAGGGUUUAACUAACAAAGAGGCAGUGCAAAGUCUCAAACAGGCUCUGGAAAGGUCCGGCAAGUUGCCAAGUCUCUCACUUAUAGUCUCAAGGAAGGAUUGUUUGAAUAUGUCUGCUGAGCGGAGAACUGCCAAACCGUACUCCUCGUUCAAGGACAGUAACCAGGAGAUGAUGAACCCCAGCUCUUUAGCAUCGGAUCCUAACAAGUACCGUGCUCUCUCCCUCUCCUCUCCUAACCUCGGUCGCAAGAAGAAACAUAAACAGCAAGUUGAGUUUGACGGAGGAAGGGGAGUUGCAUUCAGUGAAGAUAUACAGAGCAUACCCCAAGCUGGAGACUUUCUGGAGUCCGACGAGGAUGUGGUAUUUGUUGGACAUCUGGGAGAACAAGCUGAUCCUUUCAACAGGGAUCACCUCUUUAGGAAGAGCAUGAAGAAGAUAGACCACGGUCCCAUCACCCCAAACACACUGUUACGGAGAGCAUCAUCGCAUGACUCACUUGCACGACCAAACAAAGAGGAAUUCGCUCCUAUUUUAAAGAAGGGUGUGUCUCAGGAGAGUGUCUUCUCCGGGAAGGACACGGAUCCAGUUUACGACACCCUCCAUGACGAAACACAGAGGGGACCGCCAAAGAUAAACGACAGUCUUAUUAUCGCUCUACAGAAUGGAAAAGCUCCUACACCAACAGUAGAUGACUCUGCCAACACCAGCCCAGCUUCUGAAGAUAAACCUAAAUCUAAAAACUUCCUGAACUUUUUCUCCAAAAAGGGAAACAAGAAAAAGGACGAACCUAAAGUGCCCCUUCUGGAACCGGCCAUACUAGGGGAUGUACCCCGGAGUAAGGGUCAAAGUUUGGCUGCUCCUGAUUGGGAUCCUUCCUUCAACAGUUCUCCUAUGGCUCCGGAAGGUCAUCCUUGUAACAAACCCUCUGGAGCUAGAAUUGAUCGUGACUUCUCCACUCCGUCUCGCGCGAACGUACGUGGAGUUGAGAGGGAGCAACCUCGAGCGCCAGGUAGCAGAGGGAAUGUUAUGGACAAUAGUGUGGAUCACAAACGUAGCAAGAGUAGCGACUUCUUCAGGGACAAGGAGACGGCUGACCGAAAUGGUGGCUUCAUCGAACAUAGGUUACCCACUACUCCUAGAGAACGGGACCUCAACAUGUCUCGGGGACCAGAUAGGCACUCUAACAGAUCUUCCAACAGCGGAGGAGAAAGAAAAAGAGGAGACAGACCUCCCGGUCAUAACAAUUAUCCCUCUCGAGACUACCCUGUCAGAGACCCAUCCAGGGAUCACCCGGUCAGAGAUCAUCCUGUGCGAGAACACGCGCGUGAUCACCCCACCCGCGAGCACUCACGUGAUCAUCUGCCGCGUGACUCCUCACGCGACCCGCGGGACAACUCUCGUGAUCCUCGAGAAGCGAGGGAUAGACGAUAUAUGGAAACUGUUCACUAUCGGUACGGUAGGGGCAGCCCUCAUCACAACCCUCCUCCACCCUUCUACUUAGAUCAGCAGCAAGACCCUGGUUUCUAUCCUGACCCUCGUUUCGCUGGUUCGAAUACGUCUCUCAACAAACGUCCCGAUCCUCGACCUCCUCAAUAUCAACCGAUGAUACCACACCCCAUUUCUCAUCUGCAAGGUAGGCAUACUCCUGAGCAGCUGUCAGAUGUGUAGAUCUAUCUUUUUAUUCAGAACUCUCAGAAACUUUGAAGUUUUUAUCCGUAAAUUUAUAAAAUUGAGAAUAUUUCUGUUUUCCUGUUGCAAAAUUAAAUUUUUUGAAGUUUAAAUUAUUGCCGUCAAUGUCGUGCGGCUGUAAAAGAGUCUUCGGCUUUUAAAUCAGAAUUCAGAUGGACGUGUUUACUGUUUAGCUUAUAGCUUAGAAUUUUAAACAAUAUUAUAUAAGAAUGCCAUCAGUUUUGUUGAUGAGGUUUCAGAAGUUUCCUCUCAAUGAAAUAUCACGUGUUUAUACACAAAUACGUGUCCACUAUCGAGGCCACUCUUUUGUCACAUUGUCUUGUGACAAGAUGUCAGGAUUAGAUCUGCUUAUUAAAUCUAGUAAUACCAGAUGUGAGUUUACUUCUGCGGCACAGAUAAUAUCUCUUUCAAAUCUCGAUAAAAUGGUUGGUUGUAUUUUACUCCAAAUGGACGGGUAACAGCUAAUUUUUAUUUUGUAACAACUGUGUUAUCAAAUAAGCAUGCGAAAUGGACCGACCAAUUUUCUGGACCAAAGUUUAUAAACGAAAGUAGCAUAAUAAUAUUCGGGAGAAGUUUUAUGUUGAUGUAGUUUUUGUAAUGAGUUUGACAAUAGUAAAUUGAAUGAUUAUAUUUUGCUAAAUAAACCAUAUUUUCUAUGACAA